AAUGUAUCACUGGCUAUAUGAAUAUUUAGUAGCUCGUUUUAGUAAAUGCAUUUUAUAUUCAGCUACGACAACAUUAUUAGGUACAGUAUUAUCUAGAGCGGCAGAAAUCGACAUAGCACUCAAACGCAGAGAUGACCGAGAUGACGUCUGCUGACAGUACUGAUGUACCAACUCCCACUGUCAAGUUUUGACCAAACUUCCUGUUUUGAAAAUGCUGGCUAGCUAGCAAGCUAUUGUCACUGUCAGUUAUUGAAGCUUUUGCCUUUUAUUUUUACACACCUGUGGCUGAUAUUAUCUGAGACAUUAUCUGAACUAAAGGCACACAAACCUGUGGUUAGCCAUGUCUUCGCGUGUGCUGCUUCGGCAGCAGCUGAUGCGGGAACAAGCCCAAGAACAAGAAAGACGGGAGGUCCUGCAGGAUGUCACUUUGGCUCAGCUCCGGGCUACUGACUCCACCCCUGCCAUCUCGGUCACUCUGCCCCCAAUGGCUGCUCGUCCUACACCCACCCAGGUGCCCAUGGAGGUUUUGAAGGUUCAGACACAUCUGGAGAACCCCACCAAGUACCACAUCCAGCAGUCUCAGAGGCAGCAGGUGAAGCAGUAUCUCUCCACCACCCUCGGCAAUAAAGUGUCAACUCAGACCCUGGGUCUGUCACCCUUGCCUCUGUCUACCUCCGCCCCUGAGAUGGCUCUCACAGCCCAAAGUGCUCCCAACAGCCCCAUGGCUUUACUCAACCUGGGUUCCAAAAACGAGGAGAUAGAUGACGUUAUUGACGACAUCAUCAGCCUCGAAUCAAGUUUCAAUGAUGACUUCAUGACAUUUAUUGACUCCGGUCUACAGCUGCCUAGUACGCUUCCAGGGAACCUUCUAGAUGUAUACAAUACUCAUGGAAUGGCAGCACCUACUCUCGCUGUCAGCAACUCCUGCCCUGCUGAUCUCACCAAUAUUAAAAGAGAAUACCCUGAUGCAGAUACCAAAGCACUGAUGAAAGACAGACAGAAGAAAGACAACCAUAACCUCAUUGAAAGAAGGCGGAGGUUUAACAUCAAUGACCGCAUAACAGAGCUGGGGUCCAUAAUACCCAAGUCAAGUGAUCCGGAGAUGCGUUGGAAUAAGGGCACCAUUCUGAAGGCAUCUGUGGACUACAUCAGGAAGCUGCAGAAAGAGCAGCAGAGAGCCAAGGAGGUGGAAAUGCGUCAGAAGAAGCUGGAACAGGCUAACCACAGUUUGUUGCUGCGAAUCCAGGAGCUGGAGAUGCAGGCUCGUUUCCAUGGCCUUUCCAGCUCCAUGUCCUCUGGUCUGUGUUCCGACCCCUCCCUCCAGCAGCACGUUCAUCAGGGAGGGCCUACACUGGGGCCCAGCGCUGAAGACCAAAACCUUCUCAGCCUGCAGGCAGCAGCUAUGGCACAGCCUGUGCCCACCUCCUUCCUCUCCCCACCAACCUCAAACUCCCCUGUGGGUGUGCCAGUAAAUAGCACCCUGGACCUGGGCAGUCUAAGCUUUGCUGAGCUGGAUGAGACCUCCAACGCUGGUCUGUAUACAGAAGUGGGUUUGGGGGAUAUCCUAAUGGACGAGAGCUGCACACUGUCCCCAGAAAGAGUGGGUCCCCUGUUUUCGAUGUCACCAGGUGCCUCAAAAAACAGUAGCUGUAGGAGCAGCUUCAGCAUGGAGGAGGAUUUGUGACAGGGUCAUAAUGGGGGUCAAGUUUGAGAAAGAGAAACCAGGUAUUUGGGGAUAAAACAACUGUAGGGAAAGAACGCUGAGCCCAUGAAAGUAAUUUAAAGGAGAUUUGAACUAUUUAAUCUUUGUUUCUCACCCUGAAAAUAGUCCUCAGGCAAGUAAAACCUUUUUUUUAAACCCCCAAUACAAGUUUCAGCUAUGUUUAGGCAAUGCUAGCUUAAAAUAUAUGUAGGGCAUGAGUUUGCCUGGAGGUUAGAACAUCUGACAAAUAACCAAAAGUUUACUAUAUUGAAUCCCAAGACAGCAAGCUACAGAGCUGGGUCCAUAAUUGCCUUCCUUUCACUGCGGAAGGCACUUAACCCAAAUUGCAUGCCAGAUUGCUGUACAUUAGUAAAUUAGUAGUAAAUCAGUCAUUGUAACUGGUAAUAUUAAGGUAAAAAAAAAAAAGGUAAUGGUAAACAUACAAUGAAAUAUCCAUGUUUGGUUUCUUGUUGAUGUUCGAGUUGAUUUGACAAUACAAAUUUAAAAAAAGCAUGACCCCAUUACAUUAGUUGAUUAAUAACUAAUUGUGGAUAAUGGUUGCUGAAGUUUGUAAUGGCUGUUUAAAGAAUACUGAUCCAUAGAUUACAGUUUAUCUUAGCCCAUACACUACUUUUAGGUUGAAAAACAUUAAGUUGUAACAUAGUUACAGUGGAUUUCAAAAGUCGAUACACCCUUAUUGAAAAUGCAGCUUUUGUUUUUGUCUAGACAGAUCAUGUAAAUUCUUGUAACCAACAAUAUUUAAAUAAAAACAAAUGGACCAUUA